AUCGACUAAGCAGUGAGUAAACAAUUCAAACCACAACAAAAUGAAGCUCCUCAUUGCUGCAGUCGUUGUCUCAGCUUGCGCUGUUAUGGUUUGCGGAUUCCCCUACGAUACCCACUGCUCCGGUAUUAACGAGGUAUUCUCCAGCUGUGGAUCAGCAUGUCCAGCGACUUGCGAUUCAUGGAGACUCGGCCCACAGUGGUGCGGUCGCUCGUGUCAGCGUGGAUGCUUCUGCCGGUCCGGAUUCGUACGCAACUCCCUUGGAGUUUGCAUUGAGCCGGCCCAAUGCAGCAGAACCUCCGUCCACGUUCAGCAAACGGUUGGCCACUCGGUUAACUAUGCCCCGGUAGGUAUCUAUGGAUACGGCUAUGGAUUCGACAAUUUGUUGGGAUGGUAAAGAAACACAGCAAGGAGCACG